CAAAAUAUUCCUGUAAGGGCGGCGUGGUGGAUUAGCUGGUAACGUGUUGGCCUCACAGUUCUGAGGUCCCGGGUUCGAUCCCAGACCCACCUGUGUGGAGUUUGCAUGUUUUCCUCGUGCCUGCGUAGGUUUCCUCCGGGCACUCCGGUUUCCUCCCACAUCCCCAAAAGCAUAAAUUAAAUUGCCCCGAGGUGUGAUUGUGAUUGCGGCUGUUUGUCUCUAUGUGCCCUGCGAUUGGCUGGCAACCAGUUCAGGGCGUACCCCGCCUCCUGCCACAGCUGGGUUAGGCUGCAGCACUCCCUGCGACCCUCGUGAGGAUAAGCGGCAAAGAAAAUGGAUGGAUGGAUUCCUGUGAGUCAGUGGGUUUCAAAAUGCAAGCGGGGAGUGGAAAUUUCAUCUCUAAAGGUGUCCAAACAUCGCUCCAAGAGUGACUUCAGCCCCACCAGGAGCCUCGGCGACCAGAAGGGCAGCAACGAGAGUCCCGCUCACAAGGCCGACACGCCGCGCCACCGGAGCUGGAGCAGCCUGCGCUUCUCCCGAUGGCGGAGCGGCUCCCGGAAGGCCGGCCGCCCCGGGACGCCCCCCGCCAAGGCGGACAUUCGAAGCGACGUGAGCCAGACGCUCUUCUCGCUGGUCAAGACGCACAACGACGACUACACGGCCGAACCCGACGGCCCGCUGGACCCCGACCGGGGUGACGAAGACGACCUGGGGGAGGUCGGUCCGGACCAGUCCACGUACUUCCAGAAGCAGUUCGGAUCCAUGCUGCAGCCCGGCGUCAACAAGUUCUCGCUGCGCAUGUUCGGCAGCCACAAGGGCGUCGCUGCCGAGCAGGCCAGGGUCCAAUCCUUUGGAGUGUGGAUCAUCCAUCCUUAUAGCGACUUCAGGUUCUACUGGGACCUGGUGAUGCUGCUCCUAAUGAUGAGCAACCUGGUGAUCCUGCCCUGGGGCAUUACGUUCUUCGAGGACCAGAACACCAUCCCCUGGAUCACCUUCAACAUGCUGUCCGACACACUCUUCCUCAUGGACCUGGUCUUCAACUUCCGCACGGGCAUCCAGGGCGAGGACAGCCACAUCGUGCUGGACCCCAAGUACAUCCGCCUGCACUACCUGCGCUCCUGGUUCCUGGUGGACUUCGUCUCCUCCAUCCCGGUGGAUUACAUCUUUCUGGUGGUGGACCUGGAGUCCCUGCAGGACUCGUCGGACGUGUACCGGACUGCCCGCGCCCUCCGCAUUGUGCGUUUCACCAAGAUCCUCAGCUUGCUGCGACUCCUGCGUCUAUCCCGCCUUAUCCGUUACGUCCACCAGUGGGAGGAGAUGUUCAACAUGACGUACGACCUGGCCAGCGCGGUGGUGCGGAUCAUCAACCUGAUCGGCAUGAUGCUGCUGCUGUGCCACUGGGACGGCUGCCUGACCUUCAUGGUGCCCAUGCUGCAGGACUUCCCCGCGGACUGCUGGGUGUCCAAGAACAACAUGGUGAACGCCACCUGGCACAUCCAGUACUCGUACGCCCUGUUCAUGGCCAUGAGCCACAUGCUGUGCAUCGGGUACGGCGCCCACCCUCCGGAGGGCACGAGCGACGUGUGGCUGACCAUGGUCAGCAUGGUGGUGGGCGCCACCUGCUACGCCAUGUUCCUGGGCCACGCCACCAACCUGGUGCAGUCCUUGGACGCCUCGCACCGCCAGUACCAGGAGAAGUACAAGCAGGUGGAGCAGUACAUGUCGUUCCACAAGCUGCCCGCCGACGUCCGCCAGAGGAUCCACGACUACUACGAGCAGAGGUUCCAGGGGAAGAUGUUUGACGAGGACAGCAUCCUGGGAGAGCUCAGCGACCCGCUGAAAGAGGAGAUCGUCAGCUACAACUGCCGCGGCCUGGUGGCCAACAUGCCGCUCUUCGCCAACACCGACCCCCACUUCGUGACCGUGAUCCUGACCAAGCUCCGCUUCGAGGUCUUCCAGCCCGGAGACUUCGUCAUACGGGAGGGAACGCUGGGUCGCAAGAUGUACUUCAUCCAGCACGGCACCGUCGUCGUCACCCCGCGGGGCAGCAAGGACGUCAGGCUGAGCGACGGGGCCUAUUUCGGGGAGAUCUGCCUGCUGACUCAAGGUCGCCGCACGGCCAGCGUGAUGGCCGAGACGUACUGCCGUCUUUACUCGCUGAGCGUGGACAGCUUCAACGAGGUGCUGGAGGAGCACCCGCUGAUGAGGCUGGCCUUUGAGAGCGUGGCCGUGGACCGGCUGGGACGGGUCGCCAGGAGGCCCAGCUAUCAGCCCCCCUCAAACAAGUGACCCCAAAAAACCCACCCGUCCUCCCCCGACUCCCCCUUUCAACUUGAACGAUCCGCAAACAAAGCAACAGCAACAAACCAGCAAACUGAUUGUGACUCACGAGCAGAACGAAUACCAAUUAUGCUAAUAAGUCAUUGAUUUUCUUUCAUUUUAUUCUCCACUUUUCUUGCAAUAUUACAGGCCUGCAUUUCAUCCGCAAAUCCUUCCCAGCAUCUGCAGUUAAGUAAAUAAAUGGCACGUUCAUGAAAAUAUGCACAAUCACAGUCAAGUUAAUGCUGUGAUAAUAAGUCCUGUAAAUCCAUGUAUCCAACGUAUUUAGAACAAAAAUGAUUUAAUAUACAUAUCUAGAAUUAUGUAUUUAAUUAUCCUUGUAAAUACAUUGACAUACUUUUAAGACUUGUUUUAUUAAGGCAGAACAAAAUGUCUCUGUACUGUAUUUAUAAUUUAAAUUUGUCCCUUUAUUUGAUUUUUCAGGUAACAUCU